AUACGAGUCCCUUUUCUCACUGCUGACCAUGCUCUAAUUGCUAAGAGAGCUAUCGAAGUCGAUCCCGAGCGGCAACCACAUCUAGCUAAGCGAACCCUUACGGUCGAAGGCAACGUUCUUGUUGCGAAAUUUUCUCUAAUGACGGUCAGACUCGCGAGGCUGGUAUCAAACUCAUUCUUGGAGAGUGUUGAACUUGUUGCGCGGACGUUAGAAGCAUUCGGGGAUGACGCUGAAGCAUCUAAAUCGAACAUUUAG